AUGGACUCCUCCAAUACUCAGAAGAAGCAGGGUGGGGAGAAGGAGUUUAGCAUCCAGCCCAUCAAGGACAACGGCGAUUGCAACAACACUUCGGCGGCCGCCGCCAUUCACAGUGCCAACCCGGGUCCUGUCAUUCCCAAUGAGAUGCCCGAGCAAGAGGGCACCGAGCAGGACCGCAAAGCCAAGAUGGAGGCGCUGAACAAGUAG